UAUGGUUAGCGGUAGGCAGGGCGGAGACGGGCAUUACAGAUGGAAAUAAUAGAAAUGGUCGGCGUAGCAGUUCCAUGGAAUUUGGAAGCAAUAAUUUAAAAUAAUCGCUUUGCGAUGAACUAGGUGAGUGAGCACAGUACCAGAAAAGCAGGAAUUAGGGAAUCACGGGCAGGGUACUACCAACAUGACAGGCGCCAAUGGCCAUAGCUUUGGUGGCAAAGCUGGCAAGCAAAGCAGCUUUAAAGCGGGUAACAGUGCAGGUGUACACCCGACAACUGCUCCGAACAACGUCAGCAAAUGUACCAGCGAGGAAGAUGAAAAAGAUGGUGGAGUGCUUUUCUAUGUGAAUAAAAGUGGUUUCCCCAUUGAUGAGCGAACUUGGCAAAGAAUGUGGAUGCAUGUGUCAAAAAUACAUCCUGAGGGGAAGGAGAUGGAGGAGACUAUACGGAAUGCUGCAUUUAUACCCCGUCCUCCAAUACCAUUACCGCCGAAAUACAAGCAGUCCAUGUCAGCGCUGGAAUGGAUGCACACAGUACAAAGCUAUAUGAAGCUUCUGCAAUACAAUCACACUGGAACUCAGUUCUUUGAGAUUAAGAAAACCAGACCUUUAAGCUGGUUGAUGGACACGGCCAGAGAAAUGACUCGUGAAUCAUUGCCAAUUAAAUGCCUUGAAGCUGUGAUUCUUGGAAUAUACUUUACCAAUGGACUAACAGUCCUAGAACGCUUUCCAAUCAGCUUUAAAACCCAGUUCUCAGGGAACUGCUUUCACCAUGUGGUACUUGGUGUCUACUACAAUGGUCGUUACGGCACUCUAGGUAUGAGCAGAAGAGAGGACUUGAUGGACAAGCCCUUGAUUUUUCGAACACUCAGUGACUUGUUUUUUGAAUUUGAGGAGUCUUACAGAAAGUACCUCCACACUGUGAAAAAGGUGAAGGUUGGCUUGUUUGUAUCACAUGACCCACACAGUUUCCAGCAGAUUGAAUGGAAGCAUUUAGUUCUGAACACCAGCAAGAUGAGCAGGGAAGAAGUGAGGAAGGAAUUGGAGAAGCACGCUCGAGAUAUGAGAAUGAAGAUGAUAAAAAUCUCAGGUUCCCAGUCUCCGGUUAAAGAACGACAGCGGGGAAAAUCCUUGUCACCUCGGCGUCGCCAAAUAAGCCCUCAGAGACGACUUAACCGAAGAGAUAAAUCGCCCGCCAUAACAGAACGGAAGCCAACGGAACUCAGCACACUGAAUGAUGUUGGGUAUCAAAUCCGGAUCUAAAGAAGCCAUGGAGUUUUUCACUUUACACUAUCUUUAAUGGUGCUCUUCCAUGCACUUUACUUUCCAAAAUCUUGUUUUAUGGGAUGACAACUACUAACAAUGUUUGGCGUACACUUUUGUUUGGACAGUGAAAUCCAGAAGGUCAAAAAAUUGGUGCACGAAUCUAUCUUUCCAGUGUAUUUUGUGCAUAAAAAAAGCUACAUAGAUCUAUACUCCAAAUGCAGCACUGUGAGUAAUAUUCAUAUUACAGGUUCUGAGCUACUGGGAGGCACUACAGUGUGAAUCCCAUGGCUGAAACUUGACUGGAACUCAUGCUUCCUCAAUGCUAAAGUAGUGGCUGGUACUUUGGGGUCUAUAAAUUGUAAUAUAAAGUGAAAUAAAGCAAUAGAGACCUGUUUGGGAAGGGGGGGAGAGUUUCCUUUCCAAUGCUAGAAAUUGCCAAUGAAAAUGAAUAACUAAGCUUUGAAACAAAUGUUCUUAAUAAUUUAAAGUAUUUUGGAAAGAAUUUUUAAUAUAACAUAGGGUAAGUGGAAGGCAGUUUUUAUGUCAUUUUCUGUGGCUAAAUAUACAAUACUAAUCAGCAAAGUGACUUCUUGAUCUUUAGUAGGUUUCCUGAUCUCAGUGAGGUCUAAAGCAUGGGCACAGUUGCACUCAAUAUCCUUGGAUUAUAGAAGUUUAAAAAAAACAGCUGGGCAGAUAAAGCUUAGCUGUGAUAUCCCAGAAUUCGGCCUUUCUCGUAACCAUGUGUUCAAAAGAAGAAUGACUACUUCAGGUAUGUGUUCAUCUCACAACAUAAUUGCAGGAGGCAAUUUGAAUGAGCUUUGGCUCCACUCAGUUUGAUUUAUUAUGAAAUUAUCAGUGAGAACAUUUUGUAAUUAAUUUCUCUCUUGCGUACCACAGUGUGGAUUUGAGAGGCCUGGUGACCAAGAUAGAAGUAGGCAUAGGUAAAAACAUGGGACAGCAGUUAGUAAGUUGUCACAUAUACCAUUUAAAACUGAUUAUUAUCCUUGUUAGGCCAUGAAGAAUGGGAUCAUCUUGAGUUAAGUUUUGGGUUUGUAAUGGAUUACUAUUUUAUUGGCACAUCUUUUUCUAAAGAUCAUGAGGUGCUCCUGUUUAGUUAGGGGUUGCCCAUCUUAGUUGCAAAAUGGAUCGGAGGUAAACCUAGUUUUUAUUUUUCUGAUUAUGUAAUUUAUUUUGAAUUUAAAAACCCAGGAUAAAUCUAAAUACAAUUGCAGGAAACUCAAAUGGGUGUAACCAAUCAAUGCUGUAAAUCUUCCAACAAGAUUGGGGCUGAAAUUCUGAAUAACAAUCAUACUGGUUGUGUCAGGAUCAUGACUUGCUGAACCUUGCCAGAGUUAGUGAUCAAUGGAAAGGAAUCAUUUACUCUGAGCUGAUGCUCAGAAGGAACUUCUUUGAUGUUGGAAAUGAGAUAAAGGCAUAACUUCCUCAAAUGCACAGAAUAGAGGCAUCAAUUUGGGUUUAAAGAGGCUGACAGCAAAUUUAGCUAUCUGUUCAGUCUUGUUGACUAACAUUAAUAUAUGUUCUAUAUAUUUUUCUGUAUCGUCCAAAUUAUUGCACGCCUGUUAACUUGGUUAAGGCAAAUAUCUGCAUUCCUGUGAGUUAUUUUAAUUCAAAAUAUGGAGCACGCCUUUUUGCUGUCUCAUCAAGUUACUUAAUUUAACAGCAAGUUCUCAACUUCCAUUCUGCUAUUGAAGGCAAAUAACUGGUUUGCAAAACCAAUCACAUUGUAAAUCUGAAUGAUAUUUUUAAUGAAGAGCUCCUUUAGAUGAAUGAGUACUAAAGUCAGUAUUAAUAGAAUGUUCCCAAGUCUCUAAUUGCAGAAACCAGUUUAGCAUAGCUAUAGUCAGUGAUUCUUUGUGCAUUAUCCUCUGUAAUUCUAAAUUGUUGAUUAAAGUGGAUUGUAGAAUCAAAGGAAUAGUUAGCUAUCAUGCUCUUUGAUUGUAAAGUUCAUAGAAAAUAUUCCUACUGAGAGUGGUCACUUCCAGGCAUAUGGGGAUUCAAGGGAGGUAGUGGGAGGGUUGAAUCAGAGCCGAUUCCAUCAGGAACUGGGGGCUGGACGCAGUUAGUAUUCUUCCUCUUGUAUCAUUGCCUACAUUAUGUUCAUUUGAUUUUUGAGUAAAUUUUGCAGACUAUCAAAAGCACUUCUUUCACUUCCUGUUGUUUGAGGUUAAAGGAAGACAAGCGAACUGAGCAAUAAAAGUAAAGAGGGAGGUUCGGCAGGGAAUUCUUUCCAACCAUUUUUUUUGCAAAAUGUUCCUUGACUUUCCCAGUUGAAGAGUCCUGAGGUAUUUUUGUUCAGUAACUUCUUCCAAAAUUGUGAAUCCUGGGAGAAAUCUAGCGGGUAAAGGAUACAAAGAACCUUCUAUGUUAUGCUGCCUUAAGGAGCUGUGUGUUCUCACAAGCAGCAUGGAAAUAGGGUGUGUGUUUAUUUUUCAUUUAUGAAAGAACAUUCUAUAAUGCAAGAUGUGCCAAGAUUGGCUCAGUUUGUAAAAGUGAGUGGACAGUAUGUUAUGCCUAGUAACCCACUCUAUGUGAUGUGGCAUUUGGAAGCUGUACAGUUAAUCGAGGUCCUUGUGUUCACUAUAACAUGCAUGUACCAAUAACUGGAGCCCAACUUGAAACUGCAGCUGUCUUGUUCAUUGCAUGUCUUCCCCUCAAAGGUGUCCUUCAAAUACAAGGUACAAAAAGUCCCUCAUUAAAGUUGUAGGGUGGCCAAAUGGAAAUGAAACUUUAUGUAUUUCUAGAUGUGGUAUGCUGUGUUACAUUAGUGAAUUAGUUUUUUUUAGAAAAUGUAGUUACUGUGCAGUUUUAGAACUUGAAUUCAACUUUUAAUUUUCAGAUGCUUUUUUAAAAAAAGUAACUAACAUUGGGUUUAAGGACAAUUGUAAUCACAAAGUCUACUGAUUGUCAAAAAAAAUUACACUGGUUUGCUUGUGUGAAUUGGAAGGAAACCUGUUGUCCUUGUUCAGUCUAUGUAACUCUAGUCCAUUACUAAUUGUGUAACUUUUAAUUGCCAUCUAAGCUCCUGUAGUGAGCUACUCAGUUAAAUUAAAAUAGGGACUGGAGCUGUUUGAGAAGAAAUCACGAUGUCAUCUCCCAAGCAUGGAUUGUAAUUGCUGAGUUUGCCACUAACACCCUCACACUGAGAAUGGAUUAAGAAAAUGCACUUCAGCUUUUGGAUAAGAAAACUGUUUUAUAAAAGAAAUCUUAAUCCUCAAGGACAAGGAACUUUGAUUUUUAACUUUUGAAUUAAUGUUUUCCAACUUAUUGACCUUUUACAACAUCAGUAUUGAUUUUUUAAAUGGAUGCUGCUCUACACUGAUCAAAUACUAGACUGAAACAGAGAGCAUUAUCUGUGAAAUAUUUGGAAUCAGUGAACUGAGACUGAGGUUAAAAAUUAGAAGAAAUCCUAAUUUAAACUGAAUUGAAUUAAAAUUUUUUGAGUAUUCUUUUGUUAUAUAUCUUGAAAUAUCUUGUGAAACAAGUGGAUUUUUAUCAAAAUAAUUUUUAGUGAAACUUGGUUAAAACAUUUCUAUUUAUUGUGAACACUUUUUAAUGAAUAAAAUGAUGGAUGUCAUUUAAAACUUAGCUUGCAUGUUCUAUGGAAUGGAGAAAGUGUAUAUUUUACACU